AUGGCUGCCUGCAAAAGUAUUCGUCACAUAAUCUUCGACAAACCAUUACCACCGCCAGAUACACCAACCAAUCUCAAUCAUCCAAUUCCAUGGAAUCAUAACCGUUCUUUUACCGAGAUUUUCGGUGACCUAUACUUCAAUCAAAAUCUUCCUUCAUCCGAAUCUUCUCCUCCAUCAUUCCACAGCAGACGAUACAGUUUCUCGAACAUCUAUGAUCACGAAGGAUCAGAAACGGAGAAAUCACAUUCGGAGAGCCUUCAACACUGCACCGAGGGUUUGGGAUUAGAGAGUUCGGUCGAUGAUACUAUCAUCGAGGAUUUGAAUAUAAGAAAUUUGGAUCUGGAGGAAUCAUCAAAGGCGCCUGAUCAUUCGAGGAGAUGUUAUAGAAGAUCGUUAUCGUACGGAGGAGGAGAUCAUUCACAUUUCCCUCCGCCGAUCUCUUGCAUUGGAAGGAAUGUGUCUUUCAAAUGUUUUAGAUCUGAUGGAAGAUUCAUUUUGAAGGAAGUUAGGAUUCCGAAUCAGGAUUUCCUUCAUGUGAAACGCGAACAUGGACGCCUGCAACUUCGAUUCGUUCAAUCCGACGACGAAGAAGAAACAGAAAUGGAGGUGAAGUCAUAA